AUGACGCCCGACAAAAUAGCUCACAUACAAACCCUUGCGGCAGAAAUUACCGACUUGAGCCGAACCUUGAAGGGUUCUUCUGAACAGUUCAUGGUCGACAGCCUGCCAUACUUGAAAAAGUCCGAGGAACUUGUCACCCUUGUGCAGUCUCCUGCAGAGCAUGCCACAUCGUUAAUUAUCAAAACUAUGGAAACGGCUGUUAUCAGGACGCUAUUGUCGUUGAAUGUGCUUCAGACCAUUCCGACUACAGGUUUCAUCUCCCUUCAAUGUCUCGCGGAAGCCACUGAGACUCAAGCAUCCCUGCUCGAGCGCCUCCUGAGAGUGGUGACCAGAACAGGUUUUCUAAUUCACGAGAAUGGCGCAUAUCACCACACAAACACGUCUUUGGCCUAUGCUGGUCCGCUUGGGGCACUUUUCACCCCUUGUUACGACGAAGGAAUUCGGGCCUUGAUCAGGCUGCCCGAGUAUCUAUCCGUGAAGGAAAAGGAGGAAGCAAAAAACUCUAGGUACAGUCCUUUUACAUGGAAUGAAGGCCAAGAGGGCAAGACUACAUUUGAGAUACUGUCAAACAUGCCGAUAAGAACUGAAGGCAUACACACUUUGGCAAUGAAUGUCCAGCAUUUGCGACCAUACACAGGCUUCUUUGACUAUGCUAAAUUGAUCUCCGAAGAUCGCGAAAGACCUGUUUUCGUGGAUGUGGGUGGGGGUAAUGGACAUGUUAUAAAAGAGGUCCUGCAAGCAUUUCCUCAGAUUCGGCCCGAACAGUGCAUCCUGGAAGACCGUGCGGAAACUCUUGAGCUAGCCAGGACAAUGGGCUUGCUUCCUGCUGGCGUGAAGCUUCUCGAGCACGACUAUCUUACUCGCCAGCCAGUCCUAAACGCAAAGGCGUAUCACCUACGCGCAGUAGCUUAUAAUUUGGGCGAUGCCGAACUUGUCCAAUUGUUGAAGCAGAUAGUACCAGUGAUGGGCCCAGAUUCGAAAGUUUUGAUCGCCGAGAAUAUUCUGUUUGAUGACAACGGCACUGCAUUUAGUACAGUCUCAGACAUGAUCAUGUUGUGCAUUGGCGGUAAAGAAAGAACGGAGCGAAACUUUCGUGAAGUCCUCGAAGAGGCCGGCCUGAUGGUGGAUGGCAUUCACCGGUCACCUGGAUUGGAGUAUGGAAUUGUGGAGGCAAGCUUGAAGAUGUCAUGA